GAAAACAGUAGCAAAGCGAAACUUACCUUCACUACACUCUCUCUGUCUCUGCGUUUGUGUGAGAGCUAAAAUGGCAGAACUUGGAUAUCUCCUGGAUCUGGAUCAAUUUAAUUGUCCAAUCUGUCUUGAUCUGCUAAAAGAUCCAGUGGCUCCUUCCUGUGGACAUAGUUACUGUAUGAGCUGCAUUAAGGGACACUGGGAUCAGGAGGAUCAUGUUGGAGUUUACAGCUGCCCCCAGUGCAGACAGACCUUCACACCCAGACCUGUUCUGGGCAGAAACACCAUACUGGCUGAAGUGGUGGAGAACCUGAAGAAGACUGGACUACAAGCAGCUACUCCUGCUGACCAUUAUGCUGGACCUGGAGAUGUGGAGUGUGAAGUCUGUACUGGGAGAAAACGCAAAGCUAUAAAAACCUGUCUAGUUUGUCUGGCCUCGUACUGUGAAACUGACCUGCAGCUUCACAAUAAACUUAACCAAGGAAAGCAACACAAGCUCAUUGAUGCCAUCGGACAUCUGCAGGACAAGGUCUGUUCCCAACACGACAAACUUCUGGAGGUCUACUGCCGUACCGACCAGCAGUGUAUCUGUCUGCUGUGUGUGAUGGAUGAACACAGAGGCCACGAUACAGUCUCAGCUGCUGCAGGAAGGGCAGAGAAAGAGAAGCAGCUGAAGACAAUGCAGAAGGAAUCAGAAAAGAAAGUCAAGGAGAAACAUAAGGAGCUGCAGGAGCUGAGGCAGGCUGUAGACCUUCUCAGGAGCUCUGCACAGUCAGCAGUGGAGGACAGCGAGAGGAUCUUCACUGAGAUGAUCCACUCCAUUGAGAGAAGACGCUCUGAGGUGAUACAGCUGAUCAGAGAUCAGGAGAAGGCUGCAGUGAGUCAGGCUGAACAGAUUCUGAAGAGACUGGAGCAGGAGAUCUAUGAGUUCAGGAGAAGAAACACAGAGUUAAAGGAGUUCUCACAUACGGAGGAUCACAUCCUUUUCCUACAGAACUGCAAGUCUCUCUUUGACAUCAGAGACAUGUCCAAAGUUGCUUUUAAUCCGUACUGCUCAUUUGCGGAUGUUGGAACAGAGGUCUCCGUUCUCAAAGACCAAUUGGAAUACCUCCUCAAAGGAGAUUUACUCAGGAAUUCAGUGACGGAACUCUUUUUCUUGGAACCUAAGACAAGAGAGGAUUUCUUACAAUAUGCCUGUGAGCUUACGCUGGACCCCAACACCCUCCAAAGACAGCUCUGCUUAUCCGAGGGGAACAGGGUGGUCACGUGGGUGGAGGACUGCCAGCCGUAUCCUGAUCACCCGGAGAGAUUUGGGUUCCACCAGCAAGUGCUGUGUAGAGAAGGCCUGACUGGGUGCUGCUACUGGGAGGCAGAGUGGAGCGGCACCAUCGGGGUCUAUAUUGCAGUGUCAUAUAAUGGGAUAGGCAGGAAAGGCACAGCUGACCUCUUUGGGCGCAAUGAUAAAUCCUGGAGUUUGUUCUGCUCUCCCACUAGUUACUUUUUCAGACACAAUGAUCGCAAGACUGCAGUGCAUGGACCCAUCUCCUCCAGGAUAGGGGUGUAUCUGAACUUCUGGACAGGAACCCUGUCCUUCUACAGCAUCUCCGACACGAUGACCCUCCUGCACAGGCUCCAGACCACAUUCACAGAGCCCCUCUAUCCUGGAUUUUAUAUCUGUAGGACGGGAACUGCUGUUAAACUGUGCUCUCUGUGAAAUGAAAGCACUUAUAAGGGUGACUAAUUAGCGAGUGGGAUGAGCGUUUCUCUUCUUCAGUAACAAUCAGAUUGAUUUUUUACUCAAGAGUUUCAUGACAGUAUUGAUAGAUGAGUGGAAAGAUGAUGAUGGUUGUUUAGGAUGGAUGGAUGUUUUCUGAGUUCAGUGGAUUGAUGGUCUUGUCUUUCUUAGUGGUGAUCGAAUUAAAGCAUUUCAGAUUCA